UCUUCUCCCUGUCCUCCUCCUCCUUCACCGCCGCUGACAAUUCCUAAAGAGAGAGAGAGAUGGAAUCUAUGGUGGUCGCUAGCCCGGCGAUCAAGGUCGCGGCGAUCUGCGGGUCGAUCCGAAAAGCCUCCUUCAACCGAGGCCUCCUUCGCUCCGCGAUCGAGAUAUCCGAGCAGCAAUCGGGGAACGGGAUGCGAAUCGAGCUGGUCGACGUAUCGCCGCUCCCGAUGAUAAACACGGACCUCGAAGCCGACGGCAGGUUCCCGCCGGCGGUCGAGGCUUUUCGCCAGAAGGUCCUGGAAGCCGACGGCAUCCUCUUCGCUUCCCCGGAGUACAACUAUUCCGUCACUCCACCUUUAAAGAAUGCAAUUGACUGGGCAUCUAGACCACCAAAUGUAUGGGCCGGGAAGGCAGCUGCCAUUGUGAGCGCGGGAGGAGGUUUUGGUGGGGGACGAGCACAGUAUCAUCUCCGUCAAAUUGGAGUCUUUGUCGAUCUUCAUUUCAUCAACAAGCCCGAAUUCAUGCUGAACGCAUUUCAACCGCCUGUGAAAUUCGACGGUGAGGGAAACUUGGUUGAUCCGGAGGCGAAGGAGAAGCUUAAGCAGGUUCUUCAAGCACUGCUCAAAUUGACGCUGCGACUACAGGGUCAGUGAUGCAAAACUCAUCAAGAACUUGAAUACCUCUGCAUCAUGGGUGUCUAUUUUUAUUCUGUAGUGCUGAGGACAUAAAAUUGAUGUCUUGACGAUGAACGCCAAUUCCAUAAUUGAGGCUAUGAGUAAAUUAGCAAGGGCUGUAAUUAGUAAAGAAACAUUCCUCCGAGGAAGGACAAACAAUGGAGUGGAUUACAAUGUAUGGGCUUUUGAGGAGCCGAAUUUCCAACGGGAGCCUCCGCAGCCUGUCCUGCAAGUGAAAGGGUUUCACGGAUGCGUUCCGUA